AUGGAUUUACCUUCUCGACCAGAACUGUUUGAUUUCCACGGAGUCUCAAUGACCCACUAUUUCACAGACAACUGGGAGAACAUUCAAAACUUUCAGGCCAGGCCAGAUGAUAUACUUAUUGCAACAUACCCCAAAGCAGGAACCACAUGGGUCUCCUACAUUCUUGACCUGCUGUAUUUUGGUCUGACGUCCCCAGAGAUUCAGACAUCCAUCCCACUACACCAAAGAGUGCCAUUCUUGGAGAUCAAUGUCCCAUCUGUGGAUUCAGGAAUUGACCUAGCAGACAACCUCCCUACCUCUCCACGACUCAUUAAAACUCAUUUUCCAGUCCAGUUUGUGCCAAAUUCCUUUUGGGGGGAAAACUGCAAGAUAGUCUAUGUAGCCCGCAAUGCCAAAGACAACAUGGUCUCUUAUUUUCACUUUGAUCGCAUGAACAUGGUUGAGCCAGAGCCUGGAGACUGGAGCAGCUACCUCCACAGAUUCAUGGAGGGAAAGGUGGUGUUUGGAUCCUGGUAUGACCAUGUGAAUGGUUGGUGGAAGAAGAAACAGACUUAUUCAAAACUCCAUUACAUGUUCUACGAAGAUCUGAUUGAGGACACUGGACGGGAAAUAGACAAACUCUGCUGCUUUCUUGGUUUGACUCCUUCAGUCGAGAAGAAGAAAAAAAUUACAAGUGGAGUGCAGUUUGAUAAUAUGAAAAAGAACGACAUAGUCAACCAUUCUACAAUCCCAUUUAUGGAUUUCAAAAUUUCUCCUUUCAUGAGAAAAGGGAUGGUUGGUGACUGGAAGAACCAUUUCACUGUGACCCAGAAUGAACAGUUUGAUGAAGACUACAAGAAAAAGAUGAGGGACCCCACACUUCAGUUCCGCACUGAAAUUUGAACAGUAUUGGAGCGUACUUGAAGAUUAAUGGAUAUUGUGUGGCAAAUCUGAAAGUUACUGUCUCUAAUUUGACAACUGAGGUGUGUAGUAUGUACCCAACUUGUUGCUGAUGUUAUAUGUGAUUGGUAUACAUGCAAUGAAGAGCAAAGGGUAUUUUAGCAAGAAGAAAAAAACAGAAAAAAGGUCCAUUGUGUAACAUUUAGGAGGACCUAUAAGCAGAAAUUUAAGAUAAUACUCAUGGGUAUGUUUUUAAUAGUAUAUAAUCACCUGAAACUUUGAUUUGUUUUUGUUACCUUAAAAUGAGCCAUUUUUAUCUACAGACAGGGGUGGGUCACCUUCAAUGGAGGUCACCAGGUUGAAUCACAAUGUUUCUACAGUAGCCCAGAACAGACAAACCAAACACUGGCUCUAUAGGGGCGUUCACAAUUUUUCCACAUUUCGCAGCCACCAUAGUUUCUCCUUCAAUUGGAAGGGGUUGGUGAAGUGAGGGAGUUGCAGUGUGCAACUACACCGCUAGAUACCAUUAGAUCCUACGCACUGGUCCUUUAAAUUAAUAGUUUAAAAGUUUGGGAAAUCUGCUUAUUCACUUUGUUGUGGAAUAUAAUAUAAAUACAUGAGAAGAUAUAUCUGGAAAUCGAUCUUCUUCUCAAAUGUCUAAUUAUUCCUUGAACAAUUACGUUGUUGCUGUAUGACUGCACUAUUAUUUAACUUUGAUACUCCUUUAAAGGACAGUAAAGGUCAGUUUGUAUCUGUUGCCAGAGUUAUCGUACUUUGAUCUUGAUGACACUGGGGUUUAUGAGGUACUGCUUUUUAUGUGAGCAACAAAAUCAUAUAGAACUCAAACAUCUGAAUCAUUCACCCUGUUUACUAUUUCAUUCUGUGUGUGAAAAGAUUAAACUAUUAAGACAAAA